AACAUUCUGUUCUUAUUCUUUUAUUACAGACAAUUAAAAAAGAAAUCAAAAGUAAUUUUAUCAAAUUCAAAAAAUAUACAGAAAACGUUUAACUAGUAAUGAAAACAGUGAACUUCCAAGACGUUGUGUAUGAAGUGCAAGAGCCACGAAGUUUUGGAAGUACAGAAAAAACGAAGCGGCAACUUUUAAAAGCCGUUUCUGGAGUUUUUCGUCAUGGACAGCUUUCAGUUAUUAUGGGUCCAUCAGGUGCAGGAAAAUCCAGUCUUCUCAAUGCAUUGUCUGGUUACAGAACCGAAGGUGUCAGUGGCAACAUUUUUUUCAAUCGGAAAAGCUCGUGUUACAUUCAACAAGAAGAUUGUCAUCACACACUUUUGACAGUAGAAGAGAUGAUGACGAUGGCAUGUCGGCUAAAGCUUAAAAAUUCCGAAAAAUCAAACGAGCAAGAAAUACAAAUACGUGAAACUUUGACCAGUUUAAAUCUUUUACAUCGCUCAACAUCAACUGCGUCGACAUUGAGUGGUGGUGAAAGAAAACGACUUUCAAUUGCUCUUGAACUUGUGACUAAUCCAUCAAUAAUAUUUCUUGAUGAACCAACAUCCGGAUUAGACGAAGUUACAGCAGCUUCAUGUAUACGUUUGUUGAAGGAGUUAGCACACCAAGAUCGAACAAUUAUCUGCACGAUUCAUCAACCGUCAGCUGCUAUGUUUGAGAACUUUGAUUCAGUUUAUUUAUUGGCCAAGGGAAUGUGUGUUUAUCAAGGUUCACCAAAGACUCUCAUUCCAUUUCUUCAAAGCGAAAACUAUAUUUGUCCCAAGUACAACUUCCCAGCUGAUUACAUAAUUGAACUCUGUGAUCUCGAACCUGAAACUGUAAUUCCACAUUUCUCAAAUGUUUUUCAAAAUGGUAAACAACAUUGUAUACCUGUGAUUUCAAACGAUUCUCGAGACUUCCUACUCAAACCUUUGAUAAAUUCUCUUUAUUUGGAAAGCAUCAAACCAAAAGAAGGAACUUUCGUUCAAAAAGUAAAACUUUUAUCAAAGUUUUUCAAAAGUGAAUAUGCACUUUCAUCACUUCAACAAUUUUCUAUCCUCUUUCAAAUGAUGAUGACAAAAAUAUAUCGUAAUCGCGUCGUACUGUGGAUUCAAUUCUUCCAUCACUUUGGAUGUGGGCUCUUCAUUGGAAUAAUUUUUUUUAACUCUGCAAACGACGGCUCAAGAAUGUUCGAUCAUUUAAAGUUUUGUAUGGGUUGCGUGUUUUUUGCUGUUUAUACACAAAUCAUGGUGCCAAUCUUAAGUUAUCCAUCUGAAUUGCGUGUCGUUAAAAAGGAAUGUUUCAAUAGAUGGUAUGGACUGACUCCGUAUUAUCUUGCGCUGACGAUUUCGCGUCUACCACUUCAGAUUCUCCUCAAUGUGAUUUUUUCAACUUUGGUAUAUUUUUUGGCUGGUCUACCGUUGGAAAUGUGGAGAUUUAUAAUGUUUUCACUCAUCGGAAACAUUGUGUCGAUUAUUUCUGAAGGACUUGGACUAGCAAUAGGAGCAACCUUCAAUGUCACUAAUGGAUGUGCUGUUGGACCAAUGUGCAUGGCUCCAUUUUUGGGACUCGCCAUAUAUGGAUUUGAUUUUGCAGCUGAGAUUCCUGUACUCAUGAAUGCAGCUAUGAAAUUGUCUUUCAUUCGGGGAGGUGUCGUGAGUUUAGUACUUACUGUUUUUGGUCACAAUCGUCCACAACUGAAUUGCAAAGAUGUCUAUUGUCAUUUCGAUGAUCCGAAAGUUCUUUUACGUUAUUUAAGGAUUGAAGACUUCUCACUUGUCACAGAAAUAGCUUAUUUAGUGGCAAUCAUGGUAAUUUUUCGGACUCUCUUCUAUCUUAGUCUCCGCAAAAGAUUUUACAAAUAAUCUAGACAAAAAAAAUCGAAAAUAUUUAAUAGUUAAUAAACAAGAAAUUGGAACUUUGGUUGAUACAAAUAAAGAAAAUUGUCUGUUUUAAUAAUUAUCAAAAAUCGCUGACAAAGCUUUUUAUGGUCAUUGACAAAUUGUUAAUAUUCCCGGACUUUAUUUAAAUAUCGAAAUGAACUGCUUAAAUGAAGCUAUGUGCCUAAACAAUAAUAAAUCUAUGCUAUAAACAAGUUUGUCUAUGUUUUCUCUUCUUAUUUUUCAAUAAAAUUUAGUAAUCUCGUAAUAUAUACAGUUUAAUCAAAAGCAUACGUCAAUGUCAAGUAACGUCUACAAACAAAGCUUAUUUUUGAUUUGAGGAGACUUUGCUUUGCCACUUGAACUUCCUUUAGUUACAAAAAAUUUAAUUCCAUAAUAAAAUCACAGCUGAUU